AUGAGGGCGAUAACCUGGCUCCUCGGACUCCUGCCAUUGGCAACGGCGAUACCGCAACAAUCCGCACCGUCAACUUUCUCCCAACGAGUGGUAUUUACUCCUCCUUCGACCUAUACCGACCCGCGAGUACUAUAUGCGCGGACGGCGCAGCUUCCCAACGGCGACCUCCUGGCGACGUGGGAGAACUACAGUCCCGAGCCUCCACCAGUGUACUUCCCCAUCUACCGCUCUUCGGACAACGGCUAUACCUGGAAAGAGAUAUCGCGCGUCCAAGACAAAGGCUACGGCUGGGGCCUCCGCUAUCAGCCUUUCCUUUAUGUCCUGCCCGAAGCAUUCGCCGAAUGGCCUGCAGGCACCGUUCUCCUCUCCGGCAGCUCGAUCCCCACAGACCUCAGCAAGACGCAAAUCGACCUCUACGCCUCUCUCGACCAGGGUGUUACCUGGAAGUUCGUAUCCCACAUCGCGGCCGGCGGUGUCGCUAAGCCUACGAAUGGCCUCACGCCAGUGUGGGAACCGUUUCUCAUGCUUUACCAAAAAACGUUGAUAUGCUAUUACUCGGACCAGCGCGCCAAUACCACACAUGGCCAGAAGAUGGUACAUCAAACUACGCGCGAUGGCAAAACGUGGGGUCCCGUCGUCGACGAUGUUGCGUACCCGAAGUAUACGGACCGUCCGGGUAUGCCCACGGUUGCCGCUUUGCCUAACGGCAAGUUCAUCAUGGCGUAUGAAUAUGGCGGUGGACCUGCUAUCUCCGGAAGCUACCAGUUCCCGGUGUACUACAAGAUUGUGUCUGAUCCGGAGAAAUUCGGACCUGCGACAGGAAUUUCUCUCAAAGCGACGGAUGGUACGAUCCCGAAUGGUUCGCCGUAUAUUGUAUGGAGCUCGGUCGGUGGGAAGAAUGGCACGCUCAUCGUGUCUUGCGGAACGACGGGCGAGAUCUUCGUCAAUAAAGGGUUGGGAGAAGGUGCCUGGAGGAAGGUCAGUACGCCGGAGGGGACGAGUUAUACGCGGCAUUUGAGGGUUUUGAAGGAUGAGACCAAGCUGCUCAUCAUGGGGGGUGGAAAACUGCCCCCUAGCACCACGAACAAGGUGACGGUAACGGUCAUGGAUAUUUCGAAGCUGUAA